GUAACUGAUGUGGUGUACUCCUCAAUGCCAUCGGAAGAAUCCCGGAACAUAUUCCAGUCUGUGCUAGCAAAACUACCACAUCCUCACCCCCUCAUACCUCUCUAGUGAGUACUGGACCACUAAUAUAUGUUACAGUAUAUUCAUAUUAGCAUGUAUAGCUAAGUCAUACAAUCAUACAGUCUUUUAGCCUGGGUGCCAGUCUGUUUCUGCUUUAGCCUAGCUGGCAUUGUCUAGCCAAACAAGGUAACAAUGCACUGUAGUGUUGUUAACAGGCUAAGGUUCUCACGUAUUUCUCACAAUGGAGCCUGGUUCUUCUGACUGUAUCCAUAAUGUUUCCUAAACUACCCAGACCUGGCCAUGAGCACAGUGAAACAGACCCAGGCCAUCCCAUUCACUGGACCACUCUUAAGAUCUUCAAGAACAUCACACUGGUGCAUGAGGCAGGCAUGGUGACGCUGGAGUGGAUUGCCAACCCGUUGAAUGACAUGUACGCUGAUGCAGUCACUACUUUUGUGUUGGAAAUCCAGUCCAACCCUAAAGCUCAGAAAGGUAUGGCCAUUGACUUUGACCUUUACCAGUAUCCACUUGCCUUUCUUAAUUGCCCCUGAGGGGAAUAAAUAAAGUUGUAUUGUAUUGAAACCAUCACACAAAACAUGUACGCUCAACUAUUUUAAAGUAGGUCUCUGCCAUGCUUCUUGUCUACUUUCAUUGAAAGGCCUGUAAUGUAUUGUUACUUAACUAAAAAUGCUCUUUAAGAGUCAUGGAGACUCAAAGAAGUGCAACGGUGGACAUGGAGAUUUACCAGAACAGACUGGAGGUCAACCUGGGGUGGUGGCAGGUAGCUUAGUGGUUAAGAGCGUUGUGCCAGUAACCGAAAGGUCGCUGGUUCUAAUCCCCGAACCGAC